CUCGGCGGCGCUGCGGAGACCUCCGCCCCGGACGUCUCCCCCUCCCCGGGCCGCUCCCCUCCUGCCCGCGAGUCCCCUCGCCUCGUAGGCCUCUCGGAUCUGGUAUAGUCGGGUGAGGUGCGAGCAGGCCCGGGGAGGGUAAUUACCGCUGAGGAGCCGCAGUCACGAUCAAGAUGAUAGAAGUACUGACAACUGACGCUCAGAAACUGCUACACCAGCUGAAUGCCCUAUUGGAACAGGAGUCUAGAUGUCAGCCAAAAGUCUGCGGCUUGAGACUAAUUGAGUCUGCUCACGAUAAUGGCCUCAGAAUGACAGCAAGGCUAAGGGACUUUCAAGUGAAAGAUCUUCUUAGUCUAACUCAGUUCUUUGGCUUUGACACCGAAACAUUUUCUCUAGCUGUGAAUUUACUGGACAGGUUUCUGUGCAAAAUGAAGGUACAGCCCAAGCAUCUUGGGUGUGUUGGACUGAGCUGCUUCUAUUUGGCCGUAAAAUCAACAGAAGAAGAGAGGAACAUCCCAUUGGCAAAUGACUUGAUCCGAAUAAGCCAGUAUAGGUUCACUGUUUCAGACUUGAUGAGAAUGGAAAAGAUUGUAUUGGAGAAAGUAUGUUGGAAAGUCAAAGCUACUACUGCCUUUCAGUUUCUGCAACUCUAUUAUUCACUCAUUCAAGAGAAAUUACCAUUUGAAAGGAGAAGCAGCCUUAAUUUUGAAAGACUAGAAGCUCAGCUUAAGGCAUGCCACUGCAGGAUCAUAUUUUCUAAAGCAAAGCCUUCUGUGUUGGCAUUAUCUAUUAUUGCAUUGGAGAUCCAAGCACAGAAGUGUGUACAACUGACAGAAGGAGUAGAAAGUCUUCAGAAACAUUCCAAGAUAAAUGGCAGAGAUUUGACCUUCUGGCAAGAGCUCGUAUCCAAGUGUUUAAAUGAAUAUUCAUCAAACAAGUGUUCCAAACCAAAUGUCCAGAAGUUGAAAUGGAUUGUUUCUGGGCGAACCGCAAGGCAACUGAAGCAUAGUUUCUACAGGAUAACCCACCUUCCAACAAUUCCUGAAACGGUUCCUUAAUUGGAUUAUUACAGCAACAGAAAACUCUUUGAAGCCUUUCUCUACAACCCUGAGCUAUGAAGUUUAUGGUAUUAUAAUGGAUUUAAGCUGUGAAGCCUCAAAACAUCAUAACUAGAUUAGAAUUGAUGUUCUCAGACUUGGGAAAAUUGUCUACUUAACAUUAUGCUAUAGUGGAAUUACAUUUAGGUUUGAAUUCAUCUGUGAAGCACACAAAUCAAAGCUAAGAAUAUAAAUGUGAAACUGUAACGAUAGCCUGAGAAGGUAAACUGUGAAUCUUUAUUUCUAACAUUGAUCUAAAUUUCUAUAUUGGAUCAGUGUAUUUAGGUGGUAUUGAAGUGGUAACCUACUUAAUUUAAAAUAAAUCUUCUUAAAUGUGCUUAUUAAAUUGUUAAGGCUUACAUCAAAACCAGCAUUUCACAAAUGCACUUUUAAGACAUAACAAGGAUUACUAUUCUAGGCAGUAUAAAUGGUUUCUCGGUACCCAUAAGGCAAAUAAUACAUAAUCCAGAUAUGUGGACUUCAUGGCUGUCUGGCAAUCAUAUUUACAUUUGAGGGCAUUUUAUAUAAAGCAAAAAUACAGACCUGGCAAGUCUGACAUACACAUAAAGUUAUCUUUAAUAUGUUUUUUUCUAGAAAACAGGAAAUAUUUGUACCCAUGAUAAAAAUUUUUAUAUAAAAUCUACUGCCUCAAUCUAGUCCCAUUGAGAAAAUUAGUUUCUCUUUUAUUAGUAACUCAAAAUAGAUUACCACUCUGAAAACUUGUUUUACCCCAUUAAAUCAAGUUCAGGCUAAAUUUAACAAUCCUAAAGUUUUUACUAAGGACUGUUUUUAUAAAACUGCAAUUGCCUAAUUUAGAAUUUUGUUUAAAAGGAACAGAGUAUAUUUUCAUUAAAUGCCUCUACUGUGGCAAAAUAAAGUCUUAAGAAAAGUUAAGUGGGUACCUUCAUAACUCUAAAGGUAGCUGAGGUAGUGUUUCAGAUUUUCCAUGUAAGUCAGUGAAUGUAAGGAGACCUACAACGUUAAAGUGUUGUGAACGGUUACUCAGUGCAUCGUGUAGCCUGAGAUCAUCCAGAAUGGUUGUAACCAAUUCAGAUUUACUUUUGACAUCAUGUUACAGAUAUUUAUGGAUAAAUAUGCACUGAAAAAUAAGCCAAAGAACCACAGUAUAACUUAUAUUUGACUUUUGUAACCUAUGUUUUGUGGAUAACUUUUCAGUUUUCCCAAACAGCUGGUAACAUUUCAAUAUUCUAAAUACAUCAGUGUUAAUUUUGAGUUGGCAGAGGUGACCUAACAAACUACCAUUAUGUUUUGGUAUUAAAGGAUAUACCUUUCAAUAAAGCUACUGAAAUGCA